AUGUACCGCAGCGGAGACAUGAACGACGGCGCCAGACGGUGUCGCCGGUGCAAGCGCAAGAGACUCGAUGACGAGCCCCCCGAAGUGCAACAAUACAAGACGUGUGCCAAGUGCCGGAUCAUUGAGCGCAACAAGAAGAACAGCCGCAAGCCCCUCGCCGAGGAGACGAUGCUCUACGGGUUGAAGCAGUUCCAGGAGCAGCUGGUGCUGGGCAACUUCAUGGAGGAAGAGAUCUUCUUCAAGGACGAGUUUUUCCGCCGUUUCCAGAAUAAACCGUUCAACUAUGAGGCCGAGCUCCACGAAAUGAUGUCUAACCCCAACUACUCGUCGCAGUACUCGCUGGCACCUCAAGGAGGCGACGAACUGCCGGCCCCCCGUGGCGGCAACAACAACAACUACAACAACUUCAAGCUGAGCACCGUCCCCAUCCAGGGGCUCGGGCUGACCCUGCCCCUGCAGAACUUCAGCAUGUUGCUGCCUCAGCAGCUGGCCGCCGCCGUCGCCGCCGCCGCUCAGUUACAGCAGGCCCAACUGCCGCCAGCGGCGAUGGCGGCGCCGAUGCAGCCGCCUCAGUACCAAGGCGGUGUCCCUCAGAACGGGGGCGCCACCAGCUUCUACGGCGCUGCCGCCCGCCAGGCGCUCGCCAUGCCUACUCACACCUCCAGUGCUCGCCAUAACCCGGUGGCCGACGAGGACGUGUUGGGCGAGCUUGCCAAGUUGAGGGGUGACGGCGCCAAAGUCGACGGCGAGGAAUUUGACCCUUAUAGUCUCGAUAACGUCUACGAGGACUACCAGAUCUACUUGCUGAUGCUUUUAACCGAGCGCCAAAAUACGCGGCUGGUGCAAAACGCCGUCUAUUUGAAGGAGUUUGACGAAGAAGUCACGUUCAAUUUGCUGCGGUUUGACCUGACCCAGGCGAAAGGGCUGGGAUCGAAUGACCCUUACCGCCUCAAGAUGGGUGGGGAAAAGCACGCCCGCACCGUGUUGCUUAAUAACCUCAAAACCCUUUACGUCGACCCGGUGAUGGCGGUGCUUAACCUCGAGUUCUCCCAGCAACUGACGAACUUGGUCGACUACCGCGCCCUGUCGCUGCUUAUCGCCCUCUACAACUUUGUCUACGACGAACAGACGCCGCUGGAGGCCGACGUCGUCUCCCACAAGGUGAAGCAGGCGCUGAUCUACGUCAACUACAACCGUGUCCACCACUUGCUCAUCAUCAAGACCAACUACCAGUUGUACGAGCCCAGUGGCCACAAGUACUCGCUGGCGGUGGUGGCGAAGGUGAACGAGUUGUAUAAGAAAUUGGCCUACGAGAAGAGCCACAACCCCGGGGUGGUGCUGGGCGACGUCAGCCACAAUGUGUCGACAGCCCAGGUGAUAUACGACCGGUUGUUACAAGAAACCGAUACCUUAGGCGACCAAGUGCAAAAGCUCGACCAGAACGAUUUUAUCGGUGACUUCGUCAACUUCGACGCCGUGUUCACCAUGGAAGACUCGUUCGACGAAGACGACCAGAACGAAGACGAGAUCGUCGACGACGAGGAGCUCAUGGACGACGAUGACGUUGACGGUGUUGCCGACGCGGCAUUGGUGGAAGACAUCGCCGCCGUUGCCGCCGGGCUCGACGGCGAUAGCGCCUUUGUCGACCCCAUGUUUGAAUAG